GACGUUGCUGCGGGCGCGUCGAGCUCCCUCUCCUUCACCUCCCCCAGGCAGGACACCAUGAAGGUUCUCAAGGUUUUGGAGCCCGGAGCCCAACCCUCAAAAGCUACAUGGUACACCCUGACUCCUCUCGGAGAAGGUCCCUGCCCUCGAGUUGGCCACAACUGCUUGUACGUGCCUCCUGUUGCGAACUCGGGAAAGAGCAAAGUCGUCAUUGUCGGGGGAGCAAAUCCCAACGGGAGCUUCUCUGAUGGUCACAUUAUCGAUCUGGAGAGGUAUGAGUGGAGAACUGCCAACUGGGAGGGCUUGUUGCCCCGGUACGAGCACGCCAGCUUCGUUCCCUCCGACAGCCCUGGCAGCAUCUGGGUGUUCGGAGGCGCUCACAAGGCAGGAAACAGAAACUGCCUGCAAGUUUUGAAACCUGAAACUGGAAUGUGGAAAACUCCCAAAGUGACCGGCCACUUACCGUCUCCAAGAACAUUUCACACGGGAUCCGCCGCCGUCGGCAACCAGUUGUACGUGUUUGGUGGCGGAGAGAGAGGAGCCGAGCCCGUUCAGGACACCCAGCUCCAUGUGUUUGACACAAACACCCUGACUUGGUCGCAGCCCCAAAUAGAUGGGAAACCUCCAUCCUCUCGGCACGGCCACGUGAUGGUGGCGGCUGGGUCUAAGCUGUUUAUCCACGGAGGCUUAGCGGGGGACACAUUCUACGACGACCUUUACUGCCUUGACACAAAUGAGCUGAAGUGGGAGAACUUGAAGACCAGUGGGACCAUCCCACCCGGCUGUGCCGCGCACGCUGCUGUGGCCGUGGGAAAACACAUCUAUAUCUUUGGAGGAAUGAGUCCUGCAGGGACACUAGAUACCAUGUACCGGUAUCACAUAGAAAAGCAACACUGGACAAUGCUAGAAUUUGAUUCCUUUUUGCCCCCUGGACGGUUAGAUCAUUCCAUGUGCAUCAUUCCGUGGCAAGGAGAUUCAGGCUUUAAGGAAGAAGACAGCGUGAAGUCCGAGGCCGGGAUUGAGAAAGAAAACCUAUCAUCAGAUGAAACAGGUGGUGAAGUUGGUGACUCAGAUCCAAGAAACCAGAGAGAAACGCUCCUGUGUUUAGUGUUUGGUGGUAUGAAUACUGAAGGAGAAAUCUAUAAUGACUGUAUUGCGACUGUGGUUGACUAAUAAAAAUGGUGGGCAGGAGCGUCUUUUUAUACUA